CGCAGACUCCUUUCCACGCUCCUCCCCCUGACUUCCGGUUGGCUGUCGCCUAGGCAACGUUGACUUCCGGGUGUGCGUGGUGGGCGGAGUCAAGAUGGCGAUGAGAACUCAGUUUCCUGCCUCUGCUGAAUCUCAGAAAGCCAGCAAGAAAAAAGCUCCUGAGGGUCCCACCUUCGAGAAGCUGAACUGGCUGAUCCACCUGCACUACAUCCGAAAGGAUUAUGAGGCGUGCAAGGCUGUUAUCAAAGAACAGCUUCAGGAAACCCACGGACUCUGUGAAUAUGCGAUCUAUGUCCUAGCGCUGAUACUGCGCCUGGAAGGGAAGAUCCAGGAAUCCCUGGAGCUGUUUCAGACGUGUGCGAUUCUCAGCCCUCAGAGCGUAGACAACCUCAAGCAGGUCGCACGGUCACUAUUUCUUUUAGGAAAACAUAAGGCAGCCAUCGAAGUAUACAAUGAAGCUGCUAGACUUAACCAGAAAGAUUGGGAGAUCUUCCAUAACCUAGGCGUGUGCUACAUGUAUCUGAAGCAGUUCCACAAGGUAAGUGCACUCAAGUGAGGCUUUCUCUGAUGAUGCUGUUACGGACAGACGUGCGCCAUCCAUUUCCUAUUCUCCUUGAGUGUGUAGAGCUUUUGGGAGGUGAAAAAUUAAAAAUGCCUUCUCUGUGUAUUCCCAAUUUUUCUUUUUUCUUUGGUGGCGCUAAGGGUUGUGCCUAGGGCUUUGUGCCUGUUGCCGGGUGCGGUGCCACCGAGCUGCACGCCAGGAACUCCUCAAUGCUUUGAA